AUGCUAAAGCCAUCGUCUGCUCGCCGCUUUGAAACCAUUAGAGGGUACUUUCUGCCAAUCACUGAGCAAACUGAAUCCAACGGCAACGGAAAUUUGGAAACAAAUGUGGAUGAAUGUGCUGGGAAUCAUGGCUGUGGGCAGAUCUGCUCUAACAACGAAGGCUCAUACUUGUGUAAUUGCUGGCAGGGUUACUACCUGCACUCUGACCAGAGGGCCUGCUAUGACAUUGAUGAGUGUUCUGACAACAAUGGAGGUUGUGAGCAAAGCUGCAGUAAUUCUGAGGGCUCCUUCUCGUGUGGCUGUGACACAGGCUACUCCCUGGCCAUUGAUGGGUUGGCUUGUGAAGAUAUUGAUGAAUGUGCAAUAGACCCUUUGACAUGCACAGCUAAUGGAGACUGUGUGAACAAUGAUGGAUCAUACACAUGUGAUUGUCAUGCAGGUUAUGAGUUUCAUCCAGACGUAGCCUGUACAGACACAGAUGAGUGUGCUGUAGGUAAUGGGGCAUGUGGACAGAUCUGCAGCAAUUCUGAUGGCUCUUACAGCUGUAGUUGUCAGGAUGGGUAUGAACUCAGCAACGAUGGCCACACCUGUGAAGACAUUGACGAAUGUUCCUCGUCCAAUGGUGGCUGUGACCACACCUGUGUCAACAUCCCUGGGUCAUUCACUUGUAGCUGUGACUCUGGCUAUGAACUAGGUUCUGAGGGAUUGACCUGCUCAGAUAUUGACGAGUGUUCCUCAUUAAAUGGUGGCUGUGAUCACACUUGUUCCAACAUGGCAGGAUCAUUUACCUGUAGCUGUUUGAGUGGGUAUCAACUGGACAAUGAUGGCUUUACCUGCUCAGACAUUAAUGAGUGUUCUUCAUCCAAUGGUGGCUGUGCUCAUAUCUGUCAAAACUCAGCUGGUUCCUACACCUGCAGCUGUAACUCUGGAUACAACCUCCAGGCAGAUGAGAGAGGAUGCUCAGAUGUUGAUGAAUGCCAGGUGAACAAAGGAGGGUGUGAACACACCUGUUCAAAUUCGCUGGGCUCUUUCAGCUGUAGUUGCAACAUAGGCUUUGAGCUGGACGCCAAUAACAAAGGCUGCUCAGAUAUCAAUGAGUGCUCUUUGAACACUGACGGGUGUUCUCAGGUCUGUUCUAACAACAUUGGGUCUUUCCAAUGCAGCUGUAACAGUGGCUACUCUCUCUCAUCAGAUGGUAAAACCUGUGGAGAUAUUAAUGAAUGCGACCUUCAGUUGGAUGGCUGUUCUCAGGUUUGCAACAACAAUGUUGGCAGCUUUACCUGCUCAUGUAACCCGGGUUAUAUCUUAGCCAAUGAUGGAAAAGUAUGUGAUGAUGUGAAUGAAUGCAGCAAAGGUAGCCAUGAUUGCUCACAGCAGUGUCAGAAUGUCCAAGGCUCUUUCACCUGUUCCUGUUUGAUUGGUUACACACUCCAGGGGAACGCCGUAGCUACCAGGAAAACAACCCUGAUGGCUGUGGACAGAACUGUAACAAGUGCCAGGUUGUUCACCUGCAGCCGUAACACAGGCUACAGCCAGACUACAGAACCUGCUGAGGAAGAGGCAUUACAUGAUCUGCUUACUUUGUGUCAGCCACUCCUCAGACCAGACAUAGAUGAGUGCUCCCUGGACAAUGGGGGAUGUGGUCAAAUUUGCCAGAACUCACAAGGGUCCUUCACCUGCUCCUGUACCCCUGGUUACCUCCUACUCAAUGAUGGGUCAUCGUGUCAAGAUGUGGUGGAGUGUGGCACACCUGCUGAUGACUGUGCUCAGAAUUGCUUGAACACUGCCGGCUCCUACACCUGUAACUGUGACAAUGGAUUUCAGACGAGUGAUGGCGGCAAGACGUGUACAGAUGUGGACGAGUGUGCUGUGUCUAAUGGAGACUGUGACCACAACUGUCACAACUCUGUGGGCACGUUUACCUGCUCCUGUCAUUCUGGCUAUUCCACUGUGGAUGGAGGAUUUACCUGUACAGAUGAUGAUGAGUGUGUGGAUAGCAAUGGUCAGUGUGCUCAGAUUUGUACCAAUGAACCUGGGUCAUGGAGCUGUACCUGUGAGACUGGAUACAUCACUCAGGAACAAGGGCGGACCUGCACAGGUGAGGUGAUGAUAAGUGUGGAGAGCAAUGGUCAGUGUGCUCAGAUUUGUACCAAUGAGUCAGGGUCAUGGAGCUGUACCUGUGAGACUGGAUACAUCACUCAGGAACAAGGGUGGACCUGCACAGGUGAGGUGAUGAUAAGUGUGGAGAGCAAUGGUCAGUGUACUCAGAUUUGUACCAAUGAGUCAGGGUCAUUGAGCUGUACCUGUGAGACUGGGUACAUCACUCAGGAUCAAGGGCGGACCUGCACAGGUGUGGUGAUGAUAAGUGUGGAGAGCAAUGGUCAGUGUGCUCAGAUUUGUACCAAUGAGUCAGGGUCGUGGAGCUGUACCUGUGAGACUGGGUACAUUACUCAGGAUCAAGGGCUGACCUGCACAGGUGAUGAGAGUGUGGAGAGCAAUGGUGAUUGUGCUCAGAUUUGUACCAAUGAGCCAUGGUCAUGGAGCUGUACCUGUGAGACUGGAUACAUCACUCAGGAUCAAGGGCUGACCUGCACAGAUGUUGAUGAGUGUCAGGCGUCUAACAGCGGCUGUGCUCAUAACUGUCACAACUCUGCUGGGUCCUUCUCCUGCAGCUGUCAGCCAGGCUACAGGACAGAUGAUGCCGGCUUCACCUGCCAAGAAAUAAAUGAGUGUAGCGAAGAUACAGCUGGAUGUGAUCACAGUUGUUCUAACACACCUGGCUCCUUUACCUGUAGCUGCAACCCUGGUUAUGAUCUUCACUCAGAUGGCAGAUCCUGUCAGGAUAUUGAUGAAUGCCUGUCAAGCAAUGGAGGGUGCAGCCAGCAGUGUAUCAACAACCCAGGUUCAUACACCUGCAGUUGUGGAUCAGGCUAUGUUCUGGAGCAGGAUGGAAAGAACUGUGCAGAUGUGAAUGAGUGUGACACAGACAAUGGAGGAUGUGAUCACCUGUGUCACAAUAGGAAUGGGGAUUUUUUCUGUAGCUGUAGGUCUGGCUAUGACUCACCUGAUGCAGACGUUACCUGUAUUGACAUUGACGAGUGUGGCAGUAAUAAUGGUGACUGUGACCAGACCUGUCAUAACUCUGCAGGCUCCUACUCAUGUAGCUGUGGUGUAGGAUACAGUCUGCAGUCUGAUGGGCAUGCCUGCCUGGACAAUGAUGAGUGUUCCCAGGCUAAUGGUGGCUGCUCCCAAACCUGUACCAACUCUGUGGGGUCUUUUGACUGUAGCUGUCUGGAUGGUUAUGACUCCCCAGAUCAAGGGGUCACCUGUACAGAUAUUGAUGAGUGUCAGACAUCUAAUGGGAACUGUGCUCAGAACUGUCACAACUCGGGUGGAUCGCACUCCUGCUCCUGUAACUCCGGCUACAUCACUCAGGGAUGGUGGCAUCACCUGCAAUGGUCUGUUCUUCUGCUACACAGUUUCUGGUGUUCAGUUUGUACAUUCUGUUGAAUUGUGUUGAAUUUCAGGUUCAGAAUUUGAAAAACUGACUUCAGUAGAUGUGCUCAUACACUGUACGUCUGAAUUGUGCGAUCUCCUUUAAUUUGCUAUCAGUUUUUUGAGGCUAGUUUAUUCCUCAUUAUUUUUAUUGGAUGAAUUGGAUUUUAUGUUUUUUGAUCAUAAUUUUUGGC